CUGGGGUGUGUGAGCCACAUCUGGAAUAGUAGCUACAGAGAAAGAGUCGAGAGGAGCAGAUCCCCGCUGAUUCUUCCCCAGCUCUUCACUCCGGCGCUCCCCUUCCACGGACUCAAAACCUCUCGCUUUGCCUUUUCUUAUCUACUUGAAAAAUGCUGCUCAUCCUGCUCGGAGUGCUCAUCCUGCACCUUAUCGCCCUCAUUCUCCUCAUUGUGUCAACAGCAGCCAGCACCUGGUCUGUAGGUGGAGACAAGAGCACGGAUCUAUGGUACAGUUGCAUGACAAUCAAUGGGGGCUACCACUGCACACCAGCCAGCAAUGAAGACUGGAUCCAGGCAGUCCAAGCCCUCAUGAUCCUGUCCAUACUCUUCUGCUUCUUCUCCCUCAUUGCGUUCUUGUAUCAGCUGUUCAGGCUGGUCAAGGGCGGGCGCUUCUUCUUCACCGCCAUCUUCCAGAUCUUGGCAAGUGUGUUCGUGAUGUGCGGGGCGAUCAUCUACACCGUGAUGAGCCCGAACGACCAACCCGGGACGCAGUUCGGCUACGCCUACGUGCUGGCCUGGGUGGCCUUCCCUCUCUGCCUCAUCAGCGGCCUCAUUUAUAUCGUCCUGAGGAAGAAAGAAUGAGAGAGGGAGCGGAGGAGGAAAGAGGAGGGGUGGUAAGGAGACCCCUCACAACAACAUCGCACUGUGCCUACUGCCCACAGACCAUAGACUGACAUCCCGACAAUACAACAAAGGUGCAUGUGUCACUAACAAUUAGGCGUUUAUCACUGCUGGGGAUCAUUUUUAGCUGUAUUUUGGUUCAUUGUGUUCCCAUCACAUGCUGAACAAUAUCACACCUGUUUGCUUUGUGAAUUCUAACAAAGGCCGAUCGUCACUGCACAUGUUUCAUGCGGUGACUUCAAAAUGUGUUUAGAAAGGCGUUUGGUGACAUAUUGACUUUUGUUGCAUGCUGGCACCCGACUCCCACAAAUCCAUCGUGCGUGAUAACAAAGACGAGUAAUCCUGCCUCGCUUCAGUACAAAGAUGUACAUAGUGUCUGUGGUUUUUAGACAUAUUUAUAACAUUUUUACAUACAAUUUGUACAUAGUGUUGUCAAGUUAACAUUGUCAUGCCCAUUUACGUGAUAGAGUUCGUGUCUCUCACAAAUCAUGCAGCUGUGCCAAAGAGGUGUCGCUUCAACUGCCAGAGUAUCAAGCUUUUCAAGUGUGUUUUUUGAGUGUCAAACGCUUUGAACUAUGUGCCUUACUCAGAAUAGCUGUGUUCUUCUUGAAGGAAACGAGAACAUCCUCAGAAACGAAAACAUGAAAGUUAAGAAGUGUUCGUAAACUCAUGAAGUUUUUCUGAAUUAUCAUUGUACUUGAUACGCCAAAUAAACCUUUUUUUUAAUGCAUUUAGUAAUCUAGUCUUGAAAAAUGGUGCUUUUUAUCUACUAUUCUUGAAAUGUAUACUUUGUGUUGCAAGUGUGUCGUGUCCUGUGAUUAAUUUGCUUUGUACAAACCUACGUUUGCAUUUUUUUGACAGUAUUCUUCUAAAUAAACCCUUUGAAAUUAA